UCAGCGCUGCGCCCGGAGCACCGGGAGCACCGGGCCCGGCAUGAGCGCGGCCCAGCGGGACCCGGUACCGGACGGCGGCUCCAAACGGGAACCCGGGACCGAACCGGGCGAUGCCGGGAGCCGUAAAGCGCGGGGCCGGCCGCGUCUGACCGAGUCGGACCGGGCCCGGCGGCGGCUGGAGUCACGGAAGAAAUACGACGUGAGGCGGGUUUACCUGGGGGAGGCUCAUGGACCGUGGGUCGAUCUGAGGAGACGGAGCGGGUGGAGCGACGCGAAACUGGCGGCGUAUCUGCUGGGGUUGGAACGGGGCCAGAGAGCGGGGAGAACCGGGAAACGUGGGAGCAGGUCCGAGAAACAGGAAACGGAAAGAAACGAUACCGGUCGGGAUAUCAUGAGAUUACAUGAAGAUACCGUGGGGUAUCAUGAAUAUUACAUGAUACCGGGGGCAGCUCUGGGGGGGGGCACAGCUGUAUCCCCCCCUGCAGGGCCAGGCCCACCCGCAGAGGGGCGGGUGGCGGCGCUGGAGGCGGUGCUCUGCGUCCCGUUGCCUUUCCCCCUGCGGCUGGGGGCUGCCCGGGGCGCAGUGACUGAGGAGGGGGCUUCUGCCUUGUUGCAGGGAGGGGGCUCGGCGCUGCUGCAGGCCCCCCCCCUCCUCAUCUUGGCUGGCCCCGGCUAUGAAGCUCUGGAGGGGCUGCAGUUGGAUGUAAGGGGGGGUGAGGUGUCCUGUGCUCUGCUGCAGGGACAAAGCGCGUUCCCCCCGGACCCCCAGCUCCCUAAGCCAGAGGAAGAUAAAGCCCUGGCUCUGAAGCAGGAGGAGGCGCCGCCGGCUGCUGAGGCCGAACACUGGGACGCCCCCAUGGAGCCCCCCGUGGAGCCCCCUCCAGAGCCCCCCCCACCUCUGCCAGAGGAGGAUGCUGACGGCAGCGACAUGUCGGCCAUCAUCUACGAGAUCCCUAAAGAGCCUGAGAAGUUGGUGGCGGGGGGGGGGUCAGGGCUCCUGGGGGGUUGUUAGGGGGGUUUAUAUGGGGUGCAGGGCUGGGGUUU